AUGGCUUUCAUUGGGCGAGGGAAUUCCGCCCAGCCAAGAGGAGCUGCUCAGAUUGGCUCACCAGAGGCUUACUGGGUUCAGCCUAUUUCUCACUCUCGACCCACACUUACCCUUAAACUAGAUGGUAAAAAAUUCCAGGGGAUUCUGGAUACUGGCGCUGACACCACUGUGAUCUCCCAAGACCAUUGGCCUGCCUCCUGGUCCCUUGCCUCCCUCACUGACCUCAAGGGCAUAGGUCAAUCCAGUAACAUCCUCCAAUUCUCUAAAGUCCUGGCCUGGACAGAUGAAGAGGGUAAUCAGGGUACUGUCACCCCCUUUGUGGUCCCUGGGCUCCCUGUCAACCUUUGGGGUCAAGAUAUUUUCUCCCAAAUGAAGGUCAUCCUCUAUAGCCCAAAUGAGGUGGUUACCCAACAAAUGUUACGCCUGUGCUUUAUCCCAGGAAAGGGUUUCAGUAAACUUCAACAGGGCCGAACCCAACCCAUCGCUCCCACUAUUAAAACAGAUAGGCUUGGUCUUGGCUUUGAGGGUUUUUAA